AAGGAAAGGCGCGCGGCAGCGAGGGCGCCAGAGCGAGAGGUGCCGAGCGGCGGCCGCCUGCCUGGACGUGCGCUGAGGCUCGGCUUGCGCGCCUCCCCGCCGAAGAGCAGCGCUAUGGCUGGGGAUGGGCUUGGCCGAGGGCGCUGGCGGCGGCAGCAGCAGCAGCGGGAGCUCCCCGGGGCCCCGGCGGCGCGCCCUGCCCGCUGUUAGCCAUGGCAAAUGGCAGCGGCGGCGGCGGCGGAGGAGGCGGCGGCGGCGGCUCCAGCGGCUCCAGUAGCUACUACUCGGGAGGAGGAGGCGGCGGCAGCGGCGGCAUUAAGAUGAACAGCCCCAUCAGCGCCAGCAGCAACCUGAACGCGGACUCCUCCUCGGCGCCCGCCAAGGCGAUCAACGCGGUCAUCAUCCCCAUGACCAUGGAGGUCCCCUGCGACAGCGGGCAGCGCAUGUGGUGGGCCUUCCUGGCCUCGUCCAUGGUCACCUUUUUCGGGGGACUCUUUAUUAUCCUGCUCUGGAGGACCCUCAAGUACCUGUGGACCGUCUGCUGCCACUGUGGGGGCAAGGAGAAGGAGGUCCAGAAGAUAACCAGCAAUGGGGAGACCCAGGCAGAUGGGGACUUGAAACCCACAGACGAGAAAGAGGAAGUAGUGGCAGCAGCAGAAGUGGGCUGGAUGACCUCUGUUAAAGACUGGGCAGGGGUGAUGAUUUCAGCCCAGACCUUAACUGGCAGAGUCCUUGUUGUCUUAGUCUUCGCUCUUAGUAUUGGUGCUCUUGUAAUAUACUUCAUAGAUUCGUCAAACCCAAUAGAAUCUUGCCAGAAUUUCUACAAAGAUUUCACGUUACAGAUAGACAUGGCUUUCAACGUGUUCUUCCUGCUCUACUUCGGCUUGCGGUUCAUAGCAGCCAAUGACAAGCUAUGGUUCUGGCUGGAAGUAAACUCGGUGGUAGAUUUCUUCACAGUCCCUCCUGUGUUCGUUUCAGUGUAUUUAAACAGAAGUUGGCUGGGUUUAAGAUUUUUACGAGCUCUUAGGCUGAUACAGUUCUCAGAAAUUUUGCAGUUUCUGAAUAUCCUUAAAACAAGUAAUUCCAUCAAGUUGGUGAAUCUGUGCUCAAUAUUUAUUAGCACAUGGCUGACAGCAGCUGGAUUUAUACAUUUGGUGGAGAACUCAGGGGAUCCAUGGGAAAACUUCCAAAAUAACCAAGCGCUUACAUAUUGGGAAUGUGUUUAUUUACUAAUGGUUACUAUGUCCACUGUUGGUUAUGGAGAUGUUUAUGCAAAAACAACCCUUGGUCGCCUUUUCAUGGUCUUCUUCAUCCUCGGGGGACUGGCCAUGUUUGCCAGCUACGUCCCUGAAAUCAUAGAGUUAAUAGGAAACCGCAAGAAAUAUGGUGGUUCCUAUAGUGCGGUUAGUGGAAGAAAGCACAUAGUUGUCUGUGGCCACAUAACUUUGGAAAGCGUGUCCAACUUCCUGAAGGACUUCCUGCACAAGGACAGGGAUGAUGUGAACGUAGAAAUUGUCUUUCUGCAUAAUAUCUCCCCUAACCUUGAGUUGGAAGCUCUUUUUAAACGACACUUCACUCAGGUGGAAUUUUUUCAGGGUUCAGUUCUCAAUCCGCAUGACCUGGCUAGAGUAAAGAUAGAGUCAGCAGACGCGUGCCUAAUCCUUGCCAACAAAUACUGCGCUGACCCAGAUGCUGAAGAUGCCUCCAAUAUUAUGAGAGUAAUUUCCAUCAAGAAUUAUCAUCCGAAAAUAAGAAUAAUCACCCAGAUGCUGCAGUAUCACAACAAGGCCCAUCUGCUAAAUAUCCCAAGCUGGAAUUGGAAAGAAGGGGAUGAUGCAAUAUGCCUUGCAGAACUCAAGCUGGGCUUCAUCGCCCAGAGCUGCCUGGCACCAGGCCUAUCGACAAUGCUGGCCAACCUCUUCUCCAUGAGGUCAUUUAUAAAGAUUGAGGAGGAUACAUGGCAGAAAUACUACUUGGAAGGAGUUGCUAAUGAAAUGUAUACAGAGUAUCUUUCUAGUGCCUUUGUCGGUUUGUCAUUCCCUGCUGUUUGUGAGCUGGUGUUUGCGAAGCUAAAGCUCUUAAUGAUAGCCAUAGAGUACAAGUCGGAACAACGGGAAAGCAGAAGCCGAAAGCGUAUAUUAAUCAAUCCUGGAAACCAUGUGAAGAUUCAAGAGGGUACUUUAGGAUUCUUCAUUGCAAGCGAUGCCAAAGAAGUAAAAAGGGCAUUUUUUUACUGCAAGGCCUGUCAUGAUGACAUCACAGAUCCCAAAAGGAUAAAAAAAUGUGGCUGCAAACGACUGAUCUAUUUUGAAGAUGAGCAGCAGCUGACGACACUGUCGCCCAAAAAGAAGCAGCGAAACGGAGGCAUGAGAAAUUCGCCCAACUCCUCACCCAAACUGAUGAGACACGACCCCUUAUUAAUACCUGGAAAUGAACAAGUUGACAACAUGGAUUGCAAUGUGAAAAAAUACGACUCCACGGGAAUGUUUCAUUGGUGUCCAGCCAAGGAGAUUGACAAGGUUAUUUUGACUCGAAGUGAAGCAGCCAUGACAGUGUUAAGUGGCCAUGUGGUGGUUUGCAUAUUUGGUGAUAUGACAUCAGCGCUGAUUGGACUAAGGAACUUUGUGAUGCCAUUAAGAGCCAGCAAUUUCCACUACCAUGAGCUUAAGCACAUUGUGUUUGUGGGCUCCCUUGAAUACUUGAAGAGGGAAUGGGAAACAAUGCAUAACUUCCCCAAACUCUCAAUAUUGCCUGGUACACCAUUAAGUCGAGCUGAUUUAAGGGCUGUCAACAUCAACCUCUGCGACAUGUGCGUAAUCCUGUCAGCCAAUCAGAAUAAUAUUGAUGAUACUUCGCUGCAGGACAAGGAAUGCAUCUUGGCGUCACUCAACAUCAAGUCUAUGCAGUUUGAUGACAGCAUUGGGGUCUUGCAGGCUAAUUCCCAAGGAUUUUCACCACCAGGAAUGGACAGAUCAUCACCAGACAACAGCCCGGUGCAUGGUCUCCUACGUCAGCACUCCAUCACAACAGGAAUUGAUAUCCCUAUUAUAACAGAAUUAGCUAAGCCUGGCAAACUUCUGCCUUUGGUUUCAAUCAGUCAGGAAAAAAACAGUGGAACUCACAUUCUAAUGAUAACUGAACUGGUGAAUGAUUCAAAUGUUCAGUUUCUGGACCAAGAUGAUGACGACGACCCUGAUACAGAACUGUAUCUCACGCAACCUUUUGCGUGUGGAACUGCAUUCGCAGUCAGCGUGCUGGAUUCUCUCAUGAGCGCAACAUACUUCAAUGACAAUAUUCUCACGCUGAUACGUACACUGGUAACAGGAGGAGCCACGCCAGAGCUGGAGUCGCUGAUUGCGGAGGAGAAUGCGCUGAGAGGCGGCUACAGCACACCCCAGACACUUGCAAACAGGGACAGGUGUCGGGUGGCUCAGCUGGCAUUGCUAGAUGGGCCUUUUGCAGACCUCGGGGACGGUGGUUGUUAUGGAGAUUUGUUUUGUAAAGCUUUGAAAACAUACAAUAUGCUUUGCUUUGGAAUAUACCGAUUGAGAGAUUUCAACCAAAGCACGCCUAGCCCAAGCACUAAGCGUUUUGUUAUAGCCAACCCACCUUAUGAGUUUGAGCUUGUGCCGACAGACUGGAUCUUCUGUUUGAUGCAGUACGACCACAAUGCUGGCCAGUCCCGGGCUAGUCUCUCCCAUUCUUCCCAUUCCUCCUAUACGUCUAGCAAGAAAAGCUCAUCGGUUCAUUCUAUCCCAGCAACCGCAAACCGACAGAAUCGAACUAAGACCAGGGACUCCCGGGAAAAGCAGAAUGCGACAAGGAUGAAUAGAAUGGGCCAAGCAGAAAAGAAAUGGUUUACAGAUGAGCCGGAUAAUGCCUAUCCCAGAAACAUUCAAAUCAAGCCCAUGAGUACACACAUGGCCAAUCAGAUCAAUCAGUAUAAGUCUACAAGCAGCUUGAUACCACCAAUCAGAGAAGUUGAAGAUGAAUGUUGACUCACAGAAGGCCAGAACUAUUAUUUUUUUAAACAACAACUUGACAGACUUCAUGAAUGGUGAUGUGACAUUUGUUCCUCUUUCAUGCCGAACCACUGGUGGAAAAAGUUAAAGAAAGGCAAGUGUUUGCCAGAAAGCAAAGUAGACAGAUCUUUGUUUGUCUGCCUUUAAUAUUUGCUUCCAUGUAUUUUGGAAACUAUUUCAUUUAUAAAACAACAUAAUCAAAGCAGUCA